AUGGAGGAAGACCUGGUUAUGAACCUAUUGAUGGAGGAAGAGUUGGUUGCAAACUGGUUGGUUGAGAAGAACUUGAGGCAACUUGAAGACUUGUUCAUAUCGUCGAGCAUUGAGGUAGUACAAGGCUUGUGGUCUGAAAUAGAGAAGCAUCUGCCAGGACGGACAGACAAUGACAUAAAAAACCACUGGAAUACUCGUCUGAAGAGAAGAUCAAAAGAAACCAUGAUACAAAAGCCUUCUUAUACUCAUGCAUUAUCUUUAUACUUAGCCUCUCGUGAGGUCGAAGCAAGAAUAGGAAGACUUGUGAUGAACCUUGUUCCCACUGGUAAUUCUCACCUGGAGCAUAAUAUUUUAAGGUCUGCAUUCCAAGGCACUCACAUGAUAGCAAGGCCUGUGGCAUCAAAUUUUAUCGGUCAUAAACAGGAGAAACAACUACCACUGGAUAAUGCUCAGAGUUUCUUUGAAGAUUUUAACCGAGAUAAUGAUCUGACAUCAUUUUCAACAGGCUUUAAUGUUGAAAUUCUUGAUCAAAUUCGUAAAAAUAACUUUCUACCAACAAAAUAUGAAUCUAAUUCACUUUGCACUUUGGUAUCAAAUUCAUCAAAUGGCUAUGAUGAAGCAGCCUCAGACAUUUCAUCUACUCCUAUGGUAAAUACUGACGUCUAUGCAACAUCAAUUUCAUAG